AGCAAGCCCGCUUAUUUUGUAGGCAUAAGGUUAUGCUAUUUCAAAAUUAACGUGGAUUUGUUCUGUUGUGUGUUGUAAAUGCGUGUGUAGUUUUCUGCAAUUUUGGACUUUUUUUGUCAAAAAAGACAAAUAAUUGUGAACAUUAUGAAACAAGUGCAUUGUCGAAUAUAGUGAAGUCCACAGGAAAUCUUACGCGUCCUUUGUAUAAUUUUUUUUUUGUUGUUUUGUGUGUAAAAAAAAUGGAGCCUCGUGCUUGGAAGAAGUUGCUCCUGAAAUGGGUGAACGAGUGCCAUUUCAUUGAGAAUAUCACAUCUCUAGAAGAGUCAGAUAUUGAAGCCUUUUAUGCCAUCUAUGAGCAGUACGCUAAUUUUGAGCCUGGUCAAAAUUCAUCAUGUUUGGAACCUCUACAAAUAUUUCUAAAAGAUAUCUAUGCAGAUUUCACACCCAUAUUCGAUGGCGAAGGCCGAGUAGCAACGACAGAUUAUGUUUAUGUUUAUACACUGUUAAUGCAUUAUACUUGCGUUCAGAAGCCCAACAAAUACUUUCAUAAUAUCUGUAAAAAUUUACCAGAGACUGUUCAGCAAUGUAUCGCGGAGUUUUUUAAGCAGACUGUAGAUGGAUUGCAGCUGACACGCGAUUGCCUGCAGCAGACCAUUGUCAAUAUCCAAAUACAGAAUGACAUUGAUGAGGACAGUUUUCUAGUUCCUCUAGUUCCACAGAGCUCAACACCGGAUCGUUUAACUAUGCAUCGCAAUGGUAAUUGCAGUUCGUCCAUCACCAGCAUUACACCAUUGCCAAGGGAUGUCACAAACUGUUUAUCUAUAUCGCUUGCGGACAGCAGCAACAACAAGGAUUCGUCUUCAAUAGUUAGUGCGACGAUGGAGAACUCAUCCGCGUCGCUGCUGCAGCGAGAGCGCCGCAGCACAAUGAACGAAAUCCAAAUGUGUGCUCCGGCAACUCCGAAAACUGAGUUACUUGAUCAGCGGACGCGAGAAUUAUUUGGAUUGCGAGCUCAACUUGAAACAGAGAGGUACGAAAAAACUGUCUUAGAAGAGCAAGUUCUGGAAACUGAGAGUCUAAUUAAAAAAACUAACGCAGAGCAAAAGAAACAACUAAUUAUGCUGAAGGCGACACUAGCAAACGAUAACGAAGAUGAGCAUAACUAUGCGACCAAUGAGUUUGACAAUAUGAAACGACGUUUGAUGAAUGAGCUUAGCAAGAAAGAAAAGAUACUUUCCGAGAAAAGCGAACAGUUGCAAGAGCUGAGAGCCGAACAUGACAAGCUGGUCGGGAAGUUUAAGGUGUCCGAGAAACAAGUGCUUGUGUGUAUGGAUCGCAUCAACGAACUUGAACAGCGUCUAAAUAGUUCGGAGCAAUUGCUAAGUGAAAGGGGCGACGAAAUGGAGCAUCUUGCGCACGACAAACUGGAGUUAGAGCGGUGUCUUCAAGAGGCCCGCAAUGAACUACAAAAUGGACGUGAAGUGCUGAAUGCUUCGUCUGAUCUAUUAGAUACUUCACAAUUGCAAAGCAGCAUGAAUACGACUCCAGAAAAUUUAGCAUCCUCCGUAAUAGACAAACAGUUACGUGAAAAGGAAUUGGAGAAUGAUCAGCUGCGUUCUGUGCUUGAACUGAAUUCGCAGGAAAAGGAACGUAUUGAAAGUCAACUUUUGCAGCUCGUAUUUAAAUAUAAAUUAGAAAAGUCUAAGGAGACGACACCUGAGAAGACUGCUGAAAAAUCACAAUCGCACAUGCUGUAUAUUAUUGAGCAACGUAUGGAACAAUUGACUGUUAAGAUAGAGCAAGAGCACCAACGGGCUAAUAAAUUGCAAUCUCAAUAUAACACAAUGCAGCAGCAGAAUAUCGAUAAUAAUAAUUACAUACAAAUUUUAAAAAGCGAUGUAGAAAAAUUAAAUUGUGAAUUGACAGCGAGUCAGGCCAAUUUGAAAAGUACCACUGAGAAAAUGCUGCAAGAUGAAAAAGAGAUUCAGAUGCGUCUCAACACCGAAUUGGAGCGCUCGAAACAGUUCAGUAUACAAAUUGAUGAGCUGGAACGUGAUCUAGAGACACAAUCCCAAACACAUAAGCAGAAGCAUGAACAGCUGGAACAAGAUUUACUGGCUGUUAAGGCAAGCAAAUUACAAGUGCAAGAGGAACUACAAACCAAAGUGAAUGACUUUCAAAAACAAUUAAAAGAGCUACAACAAGAUCUGGAUAACUCCAGAAAAAAUUGCCAGAAGUUUGAGCAGAUAAUUCUAGAUCAAAAACUUUCAAUAAUCCGCGAGAAGGAAAUACAGAUGGAGCAGGAGGCUGCAGCAAUUGCUGAAAUAACAAAUAAGUAUAGGAGUGAACAAAUGUUGCUUCAACAACAACUGGAUCUCGCCAGGCAAGAGCUUGAAAACCAGAAACUGGAGCAGACUCAAGUAGAAAACGAACUCAGCACUGCCAAGAUAAAGCAAGCACAACUGGAAAAUGAAAUACAUGUAAAUAACUUAAAAAUUACCGAGUGCGAAACGAAACAUGAACGAGAACUUAAGCAGCAAAGUGACAUCCAGAGACAACAAUUGGAAGAAUCGGAAAAGAAGAUCACUGACUUACAACAGCAAUUGAAAGAAGGUUUGAAAAAGUUAAAGCUACGUGAUGAACAAUUGCUGGAUGAUCACAAAUUAUUGGAUGAUCAAAGAAAUAAAUGUGAGCGUUUAGAAAUACAACUUCAGGAACAAGAAGAAGAUCUUAAGCAGAAAUCUGAUGAACAGAAACAACAAUUGGAGGAAUCAGAAAAGAAGAUCACCGACUUACAACAGCAAUUGACAGAAGGCUUGAAAAAGUUAAAGCUACGUGAUGAACAAUUGCUGCAUGAUCGCAAAUUAUUGGACGAUCAAAGAAAUAUAUGUGAGCGUUUAGAAACAAAACUUAAGAAACAAGAAGAAGAUCUUAUGCAGAAUUCCGAUGAUCAGAAAAAACAAUUGUUAGAAUCGGAAAAGAAGAUCACUGACUUACAAAAUCAGUUGACGGAAGGGAUGAAAAAGUUGGAGCAACGAGAUGAACAAUUGCUGCAGGAUCGUAAAUUACUGGACGUUGAACGAAAGAAAUGUGAACAUUUGGAAUAUGAACUUAAGAAACACGAGGAUCUUAAGCAUAAAUCCCAUGAACAGAAACAACAAUUGGAAGAAUCAGAAAAGAAGAUCGCAGACUUACAACAGCAAUUGGCAGAAGGCUUGAAAAAGUUAAAGCUACGUGAUGAACAAUUGUUGGAUGAUCGCAAAUUACUGGACGAUCAAAGAAAUAAAUGUGAGCGUUUAGAAAUACAACUUAAGAAACAAGAAGAAGAUCUUAAACAGAAAUCCGAUGAACAGAAACAACAAUUGGAAGAAUCAGAAAAGAAGAUCGCAGACUUACAACAGCAAUCGAAAGAAGCUAGAGAUAAGUUGGCACAGCAUGAUGAACAAUUGUUGGAUGAUCGCAAAUUACUGGACUAUGAAAGAAAUAAAUGUGAGCGUUUAGAAACACAACUUAAGAAACAAGAAGACGAUCUUAAGCAUAAAUCGGAAGAUCAGAGACAACAGUUGGAGGAAGCGGAAAAGAAGAUCGCCGACUUACAACAGCAAUUGACAGAAAGGUUGAAAAAGUUGGAGCAACGUGAUGAACAAUUGCUGCAUGAUCGUAAAUUACUAGACGUUGAACAAAAGAAAUGUGAACAUUUGGAAUGUGAACUUAAGAAACACGAAGAUCUUAAGCAGAAAUCCGAUGAACAGAAACAACAAUUGGAAGAAUCAGAAGAGAAGAUCUCAGACUUACAACAGCAAUUGAAAGAAGCGAGAGAUAAGUUGGCACAUUAUGAUGAACAAUUGUUGGAUGAUCGCAAAUUACUGGACGAUGAAAGAAAUAAAUGUGAGCGUUUAGAAACACAACUUAAGAAAAAAGAAGAAGAUCUUAAGCAGAAUUCCGAUGAUCAGAAAAAUCAAAUGUUAGAAUCGGAAAAGAAGAUCACCGACAUACAACUUCAGUUGACGGAAGGAAUGAAAAAGUUGGAGCAACGUGAUGAACAAUUGCUGCAUGAUCGUAAAUUACUGAACGUUGAACAAAAGAAAUGUGAACAUUUGGAAUGUGAACUUAAGAAACACGAAGAUCUUAAGCAGAAAUCCGAUGAACAGAAACAACAAUUGGAAGAAUCAGAAGAGAAGAUCUCAGACUUACAACAGCAAUUGAAAGAAGCGAGAGAUAAGUUGGCACAUCAUGAUGAACAAUUGUUGAAUGAUCGCAAAUUACUGGAUGAUGAAAGAAAUAAAUGUGAGCGUUUAGAAACACAACUUAAGAAACAAGAAGGAGAUCUUAAGCAGAAAUCCGAAGAUCAGAGACGACAAUUGGAGGAAUCGGAAAAGAAGAUCACCGACUUACAACAGCAAUUGACAGAAAGGUUGAAAAAGUUAGAGCAACGUGAUGAACAAUUGUUGGAUGAUCGCAAAUUACUGGACGUUGAACGAAAGAAAUGUGAGCGUUUAGAAAAUCAAAUAAAGCAUUUAGAAGCGAAGCAUUUCGUUGGCGAAAAAGAUAUUAAGGAUACACUUGCCAAAAAGGAGGAGGAACUGGAGAAAAUUAAGACGCAACUCGAUCUCACCACCAAGCGUUUGGAAAAAAUGGCCGUAAAGCUUGGCGAACAUCAAGCUGUCUUAUCCAAAAAGCAAAGAGAGAUUAAUCAAGCCAAGGUCGGCCAGGACGAGCAAUGGGAUCUACUUCGAACAUUACAACAUGAGAAGGAAAGCCUGCAGUUGGAAUUACGGCAGAACAAAGAGCGUGUAAAACGUGCUGAGGACAAAUUGAUUAAUUUGGAGCAUCAACGUUGUUCAGAUGAGGCAGAGCGUGUUGCCAAACACGAUCGAAUGAUUGAGCUCGAGAAAACUUGCGAAAACUUGGAAAUGAAGCGAAUUAAACUUGAGCAACAAUUAAAAAUUACUGAACAGGAAAAGCUUCGACUUAGUCAGGAGGCUGAGCAUCGAACCAAUGGUAUUGAAAGCGCUUCAAAACAAAAAGACGAAGAAGUUAAACUUUGUCUCAAAGAUGUUGGCGUUAACACUUCAGACACAUUGUGUGCAAAACCAAAAGUAGAUUGUAGUGCUCAGACUUCUUUCGAGAACGAUAACAAUCCAUUCUCUAGCCAAAUCGAUGCAAAUACACAAAAUAAGUUGCGUGUUGUUGAGCUGCAAUUAUCUGAAGCUAUGAAGGAACUUGAUCACACUCGACAAGCACACAAAAAUGUUCAGAACGAACUGGAUGCCGGACUUGCUGAAAUACGAAUCAGCCGCGAGACAUUGCAAAAGACAAGGGAGCAAAUGACGCAAGAAAAUGCUAAGAGGCAGCAGCUGGAACUUGAUUGCCAGAUACUGCAGGCAAAGUAUCGUGAUUCCAAAGAUGAGAUUGGACGCUUUGAGCAGAAGUUGAAAGACCAGCGUCUGGAAAUGGAAGGCAAAUUAGACAAAAUGAAGACAAAAAUGCGCACACUCUACAUGGCGGAGGUGACACGGAUGAAGGAGAAACAGGAGAGUGAUACAGCCGGUGUGAAGGCCGAACUGGAAAAAGUGACUGCUCAGAAUGCCAAGUAUGAGGAACAUACGAGGAAGCUUUCCAAUCAAAUUGUGCGUCUUAAUGAAAAGAUUUUGGAUCAGCAGAAACAAGAGGCUUUGCUGAGUACAAAGUUGCGUCACUUGCAAGAAGCACAGCAAGCGGCAAGCGAGGAAUGGCAACCAUUUAAACGUCCAAGUGCGCCUUCUGCUAAUUUGGGUAGUAAUCUGACUAUGGAGGACGAAGAAGGGGAGGUCUUCAACAAUACGUAUUUGACAGAUCUAAAGACCGGUCGUGUGCCAAAUAUCACCACUGAGGAACUACAAUAUCGUAAUUCAUUGCAGCCGCCGCAUUUGAAGAGCACGUAUGCGGCACAAUACGACGUAGGCGUUCAGGAAGAUGAUCUCAAAGACUGUCAACUCAGCCUCGAUGAUAGCAUGAGUGCACUGCUAACAGGCAAUGGUGGCGGUGCCAAUGCGCGCAAAAAGUCCAUAGGCACACAUUACAAACGUCCGGGUCCUCCAACGCCCAGUAAAAAUGGUGGCCGCAUGUCCUUUGGCAGCUCCGAGCCGCCGCGCGAAGUAUUACGCGAAACGUAUGAAAAUGGUACGGCCAAAACGCCGGCGCGCUUCAAAAUGUUUGCCUCACGCUUCAGCAUGGGCAGCAGCAGCACAAGUGGGACAGGCGGUGGCGGCGGUGUAGGUGGCGGUGGCGGUGGUGGUAAUUUCUUGCCCCGCGAUGAGCAGCAGCCUCAACAUCGCCAGUUAUGGACUGUGCAAAGCCGAAAACUGCAUCUUGCAUCUGGUUCCGAUGGCCGUUUUUGCACAUCAACGCCCAGAAACGUUAAACGACAAUUGAACUAUGAUCGCCAACGUUUGAUCUUACAUGAUGAUGCCAACUCAGCAUCGGAACACCAUCAGAAUGCGAAUGGCACACCACAUUUGUCCAAUGCCGAGCUGCUUGCAUCGACCAACCGACGACGCCGCCGUUUAGUAUCUACAAGCAGUGCAGACAGCAGCAGCGCUGCAUCUAUUCAAAGCAACAAUGUCGCAAGCCAAGACAAAUGUAUGGAGAAGCCGAGAGUUACAUUUUGCCUGCAUGGGAACAUCUUUGCCAAGGGCAGAUCACGCAUCAAGCCAUCGCUUACAAAAGCGACUGUGGCCUAUCGACGUCUGGAGCUGCAAAGGAAAAUUCGAGAAAAACGCUUUGGACGUUUUGAUCAGGAGCGUCAACUAGAACUUUAUGAUAAAGCAGAUGAUUCGCAGGAAGAGAACACAAUGUCGACCCUAAGUGAGCAUAACGAUAAUGAUAACAACGCUAACUGCAUUGCCGAGCACAAUCGUAACUAUUCGGUUGUGGAUGUGACGUGUUUGUUUGCAAAUCUUUUUCUCGACGACAUGGAUGAAACUGAGAUGGUAUCUGAGGUGGAACCUAAGAUGGAAUCUCAGACAGAAUCUGAGACGCAAUCUGAGAUAGAAUCUGAGACGCAAUUUAUGUUGUUGCCCCGAACAUUGCCUAAUGCAGCCAUUACUUUUAAUGUUGAGACGUCGACUACGAAUAACUCAUACUGGCGCUGGUCGCCAGAAUUACGUUUGCACAAACGCUUUUGGAGCAGAAUCCUUCUUGCACUUGUCGUCUUAAUAGCGAUAGGGUUGAGAUUUCUCAUUGAUUUUAACUGAUCUCCCCUCUCCAUUAAGCAUAGAUAAUUUCAUCGAUUCUAACAUCACCAUCGAGUCCAGUCAUCUUCACAUUCAGAACCAUCGCUUACCGCAGUUUACUGCAACCACAAAUACAUAAAUACAUCGCAUACACAAACUCCCCAAUCAAAUGGAUCUUCGAUCACGGAUAUUAUAUAAGCUACAUACAAUCAAGUUCUCGUACUCUUUAAUCAAGUCAUCAUAGAUGCAAUUUUUUGAGUCAAUUGUUAAUCUCAAUGAAAUGCUGUUUAACAGGAUAAUCGAAUGACUACAGGCAGUGUAACUUUUCGCAAUUCACAUUUUUUUCUCAUAACAUUUGCAAAUUUCUUUCGUCCACUUGCAGAAUUCUCCUCCUAAGCGACGCCUUAGUAACAUGUUCAAGCGCAAGUAGUCAAGCCAAUCUUCAACAAACAUUCGAUUAGAUUAGUUAUUACAAUUUUCGGUUUACUAACAAUACACUUAAUAAAAUGUCAUUUAAAAUUUUCGUAAAUGACAUAUUUGGUAUGUUUCCAGUAUUAAUUAAUAAGCACAUUUUUUGUGUAUUAUGUAUAAUAUUAAGAGUAUCUAUUUUUUUUCUUGUAAUAUAAUUUUUGUAA